UUUUAUUUAAUUUAGUUCUUUGAUUUCACAAUCAAGAUAGCAUUCAGUUUGGCGAUUGUGUAUUAUUACGAUUAUUAUGUGGAAAACCUAACCCCAUUUCCAUUUCUAACACACAAAGUGCGGCUGGGCUGCUUUGAAUAGCAUUUUCAUCAACCUCAAAACAUGUCUUCUCCUCUAUCACGGGACGUGGUUCUCUCACGCAGCGCCUAUCUCACGCGCGAAGAGCUCCUGAAGCGCCGAUUGCAGCACUUGAGGAAGCUUUCUCGAUGUUACAGAGACCAUUACUGGGCUCUUAUGGAAAACCUCAAGAUCCAGUACAGGAACUAUUAUUGGAAGUUUGGUAUCAGUCCUUCAAAGCAAAAUGGUAAUCAACAGCUAGCUGAUGCCCAAGUUGUUGUUAAUCCCAUUUUCGAUAACAUUGAAAGCCCCCCUGCUGAUAAUGUUCAUGUUGAUAAUAAUUUUAGUUCGAAUUUUAAGAAUAAUCAACAUUGUUUGUUCGUUGGAUGUAAGUUCAAAGCCAUGGCUUUGACUAGAUUUUGUCAUCUCCAUAUUCUCUCCGAUUCCAAGCAGAAGCUUUAUAAGGCUUGCACUUAUGUCAUCAAAAGUGCUCAUGCGGGACCUAUAACAUGUGGAAAGCCCAUACUGAGAUCCGCCAUUCCUUCUCUCUGUACCGUGCACUUCCAAAAGACUCAGAAACAUGUUAACAGGGCCUUGAAGAAAGCAAGUCUUAAUGUUUCGUCAUCAAGUAAGCUUGCUCCUAUGUUUCAUGUCAUAGUGGCAGAAUAUGUACAUCAAAUCCAAGCCAAAAGAAGAGCUGCCUCUUGGGGAAUCAGUAGUAAAGCUACUAUCAAGGAAGAAUGUGCCACCUGAACCUUUCAAAGCUACUGCACAUGUCACAAACGCUACAAAAAUCAAAGGUGUGUUAACUUCGAACAAUACAGCUGAAGUCGAAAUGCAAUUUUUGUCAUUGACAUCUUAGUGACACGAGAAUUAUAGGCAUCUAUGAACUAGCUGAGCUGCUAUUUUUGAAUGAAGCACAUGACCGAUGUUGCAUGCAUGCCUUCGCACUCAGCUUGAUGAGUUUGCUGGAAGUGGUGUCUCAAAGCCUUAAAACUUGGAACAUUAGAUUAGUCCUGAUUAUUAUAGCAUUUGUAGCAUACUUAUAUGGAGCCUUGGAGAAACUUGCUAAAUCCUUAUUGGAGGUUGUAUGUAUGACUAAAUCAUCAAGGCUUGUAUAUCUUUUAAACAAACCAAAUAGUUUUAAUCCAGAAUUCAGCUUCCAAAA